AUGCCGAGUAGAGUUUUAGAGUUAACGAGAUAAUUUGGGCGAAAGUCUUAGGCUGUAAGUAUAAUCUAAUUCUUUAGAUCCAUGGUGGCCUGCAAAAGUAAUUAUACAAUAAUCAUCUUUUAGAUUGCUUCAAUUACUAAUGCGAAUGGCAAGAAUGGAUAAUAUUGUUAAUACAGAGUCAAUUUUAUUGGAGACACUUCGCACGCCUACUUAAUAUUUGAUAAAUUGAAGAAAUGGAAUCCAAAGCCUAUACAAUUUGAAACUAAAAAGUUAAAAGAAUCAAUAGAUUUAGCUAAUAAUAUGAUUGAAGGACUAGAGAAAGCAUCAGAAAUUAAAUUAGGCAAUCUAAACGAGCAUAUUUUAAAGGAUCUAACUAUUAAACUGAAUGAUCUUGUUUAUCAUAAAAGUUCUAUAUAGGAAAUCAUUCAAACUUUGAAUCUAAUAAGCAACAAUGAAAAAUUGCAAAUAGUCAAACUAAAUUUAGGAUAAUAAUAUUUUGCAUUGUAUUAAGCCUUAAAAUAAGGGAAAGGAGAGAGUUAUCUUCAAAUAACAUCAGAUUUUAUAGAUUAGUUGAAAGCGACCAUUGGUUUCUAAUUGCAGCAAGAGUUCUUGACCAAUUAAAAAAAACAAGAAAAGCCUACUCCCAACAGUGAUGACACCAAGGAAAUCACUGAUUCUCCGAUAAAGAAAAAGAAAAUUGAAGAAAUCUCUAAAGAUACACUUUGUAAUUAACAUUGA